AUGGGUCUCGUUGGCAAUACUAAAGAGAAGACUGGCACUGAUCAUGUCGAACAUGUCGAUCUGCAGCAGAACUCGCUCGACAAUCUUGACACUAUCGAAGAAACCAAGACUGGCAAGUUCGCAUGGCUUGUUUCCAUCACAGCAGCCAUUGGUGGUAUGCUUUUCGGAUACGAUACGGGUAUCAUCAGGUCAGUGAGAGACAUGGGAUAG